UAUGGGAUGAUGAUUUCAGAUUGUAAACCGAUAUGAAGAGAGUUUGCCCGUGUGAUGAGGAAGUGAACAUAGCAGUUGGUUUUAGUAUUUAGAAUGACAUUGUGUUCCUUCCAUGCGACAAGUAGGAAAGUUCUUCAUAAAAAUUGUGUCUAAUCCAGAGAAUUAUGUGUAGUGUUUUGGAAAGAGUGUGUUUUAAAACUGAAAUAUCAGUGUAAAGAAGGAAUUGUGUUUAUUGUUCAGUGACAGUGGUUAGGGGAGUUGGGAAAUGGGUGAGAUGUUUCCAGAAUUGUGUGUGAAGUACCAGAAAUAGUGUAGAAGCAAGCAAUCGAGAAAAAACUGUAACAGUGGGUGCAGCCUACUACUCACCAUUGUGCCAUAAACGGAUAUGCAUUGGGAUAUUGUGCAAUAUCCGACCGCCAGAGGGAUUUGGAUUAGGGCCAUCCAACUACCGUAAAUGACGCAUCCAGAAGAGCAACUCCAGAGACGCGCGCGCCACUACCAGCCAGGGGAGGAAUAGAACGUCAGGAGUGAGAUUUUGGAAACUUUUGCAUCGCAGCCCUAAAACGUCUCUUGUAAGUUAAUUGCAGCUAAGCAUUUCUUGUACAAGCCGACCAUGGCCACCUCGUCAGUCCCCUACAAUGCCAAUGGCAUGGUAGUAGUCACCCAUGUGUACCCCCAGCAAGGAGCCCAAGGCAGUGGCCAUGUGUACCCCCAGCAAGGAGCCCAAGGCAGUGGCCAUGUGUACCCCCAACAAGGAGCCCAAGGCAGUGGCCAUGUGUACCCCCAGCAAGGAGCCCAAGGCAGUGGCUUACCCCAGACUGGAGUUGAUCCUGGACCUUCCUCUCGUCUUCACAGGUUCCUGAAAGGGGAACCCUCUAUCCUGGGCACUGUCCAGAUAAUGAUCGGAAUCAUCACGUUCCUGUUUGGCAUCGUUGGAGCGUUUAAUCCAACUCUGUCCAUUAUCGGUGGGAUCCCCUUCUGGGGAGGGACGAUUUACAUCACAGCCGGUUCUCUGACCGUGAGGGCUUACAAGAAGCUCAGCAGCUGUAUGGUCAAAGCCUCCCUGGGGAUGAACAUCAUCAGCUCCAUAACGGCCGGUGUGGCCAUCAUUCUCCACAGCCUCGACUUCGUCGUCCCAAUCUACUACUAUUACUGUAACUCCUAUAGCUGCUAUGGACUGCAGAGCAGACUGUGGGGAACGGUUGGCGUGAUGCUGGUGCUGUCAAUACUGCAGUUCAUCGUCUCCAUCUACGUGUCGACCUUUGGCUGCAAAGCCACCUGCACAGGUGAAGCCCAGCCGGUCAUGUACGUAACCAACCAGAUCCCCGCCUCUCUUCUGACCGUCCCACCGCCUACCACUCAGAUCUCCGCCCCUCUUCUGACCGCCCCACCCCACAACACAUCGGAGUUGGCUCAUCCACCAGCCACUCUGCUGGCACCUGCUCAUCACGGCCAUGCUGAGAGUGCCCCUACUGGCCAGUUUGGAGAACUGCCACCGAAGUACAGCCCUGCCUAGGAGGACACCUCUGGUUUCUAUGAGGGAUGAAUACAUACAGUAGGGAGAAAACAAGACAUAUCCACACUCCGCAGAAGCGGUGAUUUAUUAAGUGAAAAAGUGGCACGUUUCGAGACCAUAGCUGUUACCACUUUUUGUUGCUCCGACAGCUAGCGUAGACUUUACCUUCAUUUCAAAAGGCAGCUUCUGUGGUGGCCGGAUAUUUCAAAAGGGAGCUUCUGUGGUGGCUGGAUAUUUCUUCUUUUUUCCUUAUGCGCUCCUUUAUAUCGUGCUUCCGCAAAAAUUGUUCUUCUUCUUUUUUUUCUUUUUGGGAUGUGCGUGCUGCAGCAUCUCACACAUACAGCACUGUUCCUCUUGCCAAUAUAAAUGUGUUUUCACAGUGUGGACCCCUUUCAGCCCUUAAAUUAAAACCAACUUGUGACUCACAUCUCCUGGCUUAAGGGCCGUACACACACAUCGCUGCUAUUUACUAGCUUCUCGCUUGAUCGCCUACUCGCCUCUCUUUCAUGGAACGUUUGCUGAAAGUUCCUGCGGCUUUAACUGCCAAUGAACAGGCGAGAAGUACCAAAGUCUGCAUUCCAAUUGGUUACUCGCUUACUCGCCUCGCUCGAAGAUAAAAUAUUUUCAACUCAGGAUCCGCCCACAUCGCAUCGCUUGUACAGCACUCGCCUACUUGCCUGCUAGUCUCGCUGGAACACAUUGACAUUCUAUUGAGUUCAUUCGCUGCGCGAGUAACUAGCAGCGACGUAUGUGUACGGCCCUUUAGACCAGAGGUGGGCAAACUCAGGCCCGGGGGGCCACAUGCUCAGCCAAUUCAUGCGGCCCUCAGAGCCUUUCCAAGAAAAGAAAAACGCAGAUUCAUGGUCACUCAUUCUUAAAUUGGCUACCUAAAACAAGGGUCUUGGAAACUGAGAUUACUAAAGCCUACAUCUAGGUACAAAUAGUAUAUCAGACUCUAAUGUUUAUAAAGAGAGAACAUGCCACCUGUACCCGGACCCUUUUGUCAUGAACGGCUUCGUUUCCAAGGUCAGAAAAAAAAACAUUACAUGUUUGUGAGUUUUGGCUACUAUGCCUCUGCUGCAUUUUGCACUGGCCUUGAAUAUGAAACCAUUCACAAUACAUUUUGUCUGUCGCUGCCUUUUUCACAAAUGUUUCUGGUGAUAUAGUCAAGUAAGGAAAGCUUUACAUUACAGAGCCUGGUGUUCCACUUUUUGGUCCAUUUACAGCACAGUGGUCUGAGUAUGUAGGAAAAAAAACGCACUGGGGUGCAUUGCUAUAAAUACGUAAACUUGUUUGUUGGUUCCCAUAACAACUACCCAAGUUGCUAACUAGCUAGCAAAUAUUGUUUUGAGAAACGCAACCCUGUAUGCCACUGCCUGUAUGCCACUGCCCGUAUGCCACUGCCUGUAUGCCACUGCCUGUAUGCCACUGCCCGUAUGCCACUGCCUGUAAGCCACUGCCUGUAAGCCACUGCCCGUAUGCCACUGCCUGAUUGCCACUGCCUGUAUGCCACUGCCUGAAUGCCACUGCCUUAUUAUCAUCACCACAUGCUCUGUGCUAGUAGCAGCUCCUAGUGGCCUCUUAUUCCUCCGUUGUGACAUUAUUUAGUUGACUUUUUCAACUCUCGUUUUCACUUUUUAAGUGUUUCUGAGCUUUACUGGUCUCUGGUGUCUGAGCCCAGAUAUUCAGGUUAUUUUGGUGAUGUAUAUUAUAAAGUCAUACAUUUUAUAUUAGAGUCUAUUCUAUACUGUAAGUGUGUCAUACAUGAUUACAUGUUUCACGUUUACACACACAAUUUUGUCUUCCAUGCUUGUGUACUUUACUUUGUUCCAAAGUAUUUCUUAAAAAAAAAUGUCCUUCACCUUGUGUCUGUGACUGGCCAUUCGAGCACUAUUUUUGUUACUUUCUGUGUUUAAUCUCAAUAAAA